AUGUCUACUAAAUUAGACCAGCAAUUCAUUCUUUUUUCAAAAUUUGGGGACCCCAAAUCGGAUGGUAAAACAAUAACCCUGACCCAGGUGGACAAAUGGUUCAAGCAAGCCCAAAUUUUUGACAGAAAAUUCACGCCCACGGAUACAGGAGUCGCUUUCAACAAGUUCAAAUCGAAAACCAUAAAUCUGUCUAAUUUCAAUAAUUUCCUUGACGAUUUAGCUGAGCAGAAGAAAAAAGAUGCGGAGGAACUCAGGUUUAAGCUUAUAGAUUGUGGCCUACCUGGUACUACUAAAGUUACUACAAUUGCUUCUUCAAGUGCCAUAACUGAGACACAUAAAUUUACAGGAGCUCAUAAUAAGUGA